GAAAAUAGGAAUGACAUGAACCCGCGCGGAACAGCUGCCGGCGCGGUGUCCAGGGCAGCACCCCGCCCGGUCCCGGCCCCUCCAGCCCUGGGCCCGACCCCUACUACGCCUCUGCCUCGACGCGAACGCGGAGCCCGAGCGCGCGUCACGCCGUGUGGGGCCGAAGAGGCUGCUACCCAGAGGCGGAGUGCGGGCUCGCGAGGGUCCCCGCCCCACUCUCGCUCCCGCCAGCACCAACGGAGUCGCGUCCCCGCCGCGCGCCGACUCGGGAGCAGCACCGCCCCCGGCACAGGAGCCUCACGCGCCUCUUACCUAACAGGAAGUUGUGUGGAAGCAGCGCGGACCCACGGCGCACCGAACGCACUCCAACGGAACCCGACGCAGACACGCGCUUUCAACCGGCGGAGACACCGGCAGGGCCAGAAACGCGCGCAGCGGCGGCCGGAGGUCUCUUCACCGUCCGCCCAUCGUGUCGCGCGCCGCGUCAGGUCCCCAUUCGGCAUGUGGCUUGUCUUCCGUCGUCCCCACCCUCGCCCCUCUUGGCCCCUCAGGGCAGCCCUGGGAUUCGGCAGACGCCAGUCCUCCCUGAGAUGCUUCCCCAUCCUUCCCUCCGCCAGGCCCUACGUCUCCGCAAACCCCACGCUUCGGGGUGGCCGCCUCAGACAGGACCCUGAGUCCGAGACUGGGGUAGGGGACCUGCCCGAUCCUGUAACAACCCUCGUGCUUCUGCGCAAUCGCCUCCCACUAGCGGUGAGUGUUGGGUGUUUACCUUCCCGGUGUCCCACUGAGAAGUGGGCUCUUCCUUGGCGGGGGCUUCUUCGUUGCCUCGCUGUGGAUGUCGAGGUGGGGCAGGAGAGUGAGGAGAAAACAGAGAGGAGGGAGGUAGAGCCAACGAGCGGGAAAAGGGGAGGGAAGUUUAGAUGGGAAGUGGAUGGGUCUGAGGGAUUUGAACAUACACUGACAAUGAAGGACAGUGACCUGAGCAAGUAGUAGUGGGGUAAAUGGAAAUAGACAAAAUGGGAAUCAGCAGAGAUAUGGAGGACAGAAUACAAUGAGGAGGCCUUGACCGUCAGUAGCAGAGAGGGCAACAGAAGCCUAAUUCCCAAAUUCCUUAGAUGGUUUUCUGAUUUCCAAAUUAGCUUCCCUUUUAAAUUUAUUGUGUCAGGUUCAGCUUAUGAGGCCUCAAUACUUUUCAGUCUUAAUUGUAUAUUGAAAACACUUUUUGUUUACUAAAUACUUUUUACAUUAAUUCAGUGUGCACUCCGUAAGGAUAUUGAUGAUUUGAGUUAGUUUAGUAUUCAACAGCUUCCUCCAUUCCUUUAUAUGAUCUCUGUAUUUAAUGGCUGUGGCAUAAAGUUUCCAACUAAGUAUAAGUAUCAAGUUUUCUUUGUGCUGUUUUCUGCAAAUAUUGAAGGAUGACCUGGAUUGUCCUAGAACUUUGUUCCAACAGAUUACAUGUGUUCAUAAUGAAUAAAUUGCUCAAAGAUAUUUCCAAAGCUCA